AUGAAAAAGCCCCCUCUACUUCUUCGAAGACCCUUACCUCCAAAAUUCACUAAGCCGACUUUACAUAAAAAAAAACCCCGUACAGCCAAAACUGGUAAAACUGAGUCACUACAUGUAGCAUUCACUGAAGAUGAAACCACUUCCAUUAAAACAGAUAAAACUCAUUCUCCUGAUGUUUUAAGAAAUGAAUCAGAAACACCUAUCAGCAUCCAAAAUAUCUUUCUUGAUCAUUCUGUACAAGAAAGAGUAACUAUAAUUUUAUCACCCCAAAAAUCUACUAAGCAUGUCUGCUGGAAGAUUCCAGAUACUGCUACUGGUUCCAUAUUUUUUCCAAGUUGUCCUUCAGCUUCUACUCGAGUUUUUGGGAAAAAAACAAACAAAAUGGAAAGUUCAAGAAAGUUGAAAACUGUGAAAGACGUUUAUACUGAGAAAAGGCUAGAAAACAUUUUAGUUCUUUCUUCAGAGUUCUCCAAACCUAAAAGUAUUCCUGGCCCAGUUAUCACUCACAAACCUGAGAAAGUGCACCCUAAGUAUCAACCUUUACCAAAGAGUCCAGGCUAUACUUAUCGGCACACCUCGAGAAAUGUAAGAGCAACAGUGCCAAGCCCUCCACCUCGGACUGUAUCUACAAAGCCAGAAGGACAGUCUGAACAGUUUAAACCAACUACUACAUUGGCACUAAGAGUUACUGAAUUUCCAGGUUUUAUUUCCUUGCCAACACCAACUUUGCCAAGAAAACCUCAAAGACAGUCUGUGAUAGAAACUCUUGCAACAGAAAAUGAAAAUGUAGAAAGUACCUCAAAGCAGAUCCCACCAAGACCACCUGAAGGUGCUAAAAAAAUAGAAUCAGAGGUACAUAUUGUACGUGGUGAAGGUUUUAAGACUGUUGCAGCAACACGGUAUGAAACAAUAACAGCCAUGACCAACCUGGCCAUAGUAAACUGUCAAGUAUAUGGAAGAAAUGCACUUAAUCUUAAGGGCUUUUUUAUCCUAAAUUGUCCAGACUUAACACCUUUGUCUUCCCAGUUGAUAUAUCUUAAUUUAUCAUUUAAUGAUCUUCGUUACUUUCCCACAGAAAUAUUGUGUCUUAAAUAUUUACAAAUACUGAAAUUGAGAAAUAAUCCUAUCAAAGAAAUUCCUUCUGAAAUUCAACAACUUAAGUUUCUUAGAAUUUUCACCAUUGCCUUUAAUUUAAUUACUGUUCUUCCACCUGGGUUAUUUUCCUUGACUUUUCUUGAAGAACUUGAUGUUUCCUACAAUGAACUUACUUUUAUUCCAAAUGAAAUCCAGAAACUCAGAUCACUUGAAAAACUGACUGUUGAUGGAAAUGAACUGAGUUUUUUCCCACAUGGAAUUUUGGAGCUUAACCUGACAAAAAUUCAGUUUGAGAAUAAUUUCACUCAUCCUUGUUUUUGGAGAGAUAAAUCUUUGAAUAAUCCACAACAACUUACUCAUAUUAUUUCUUUGUUCAUUGUCAAAAGUCAACUACAUACAUUUUAUGAUCCGAUCCCAGUAGAAGUUCAGAAGUUACUAAAAUGCACCUCCAAGUGUGAAUGGUGUCAUGGUCCCAAGUUUGGUGAAGGUUUUCGUGUCAUUCGAUCCUGUGAUAUUUUUGGAGCAACACAGCUUCCUGUUAUGUUUUAUGUCUGUUCUUCUUCCUGCUAUAGAAGAAUAAAGGAAAGUAGUUUUGUUUUAGAUGGUAGUCCUAGUAGAAGAAUAGCACUAGAUGUGGAGUUGUCAAAAGAAUUGUAG